AUGUCAGACACAUCGGCCUCCUCUGGCCGCCUGUGGCCGCACGUGGUCAGCGGCGUCUCCGGGCGCGUGACCGCGGAGCUCUUCAUGUCGCCAAUCAACCUCCUCAAGGUGCGGCUACAGCACAACCUCCAGCUGAAGCGGCUGCCCGUGCCGGCGGCGAUGCUGCAGCUCGCGCGCGACGAGGGAGCGCUCUCGCUGUGGCGAGGGCUGCCGCCGCGGCUGAUGUGGGCGACGCCGCUCAGCGCGGCCACCUUCACCUACUACCAGGCCGCCAAGAAGGUCUCCUCGGGCGAGGCCUCCGACGGCGCCGCCGGGAAGCGCGACUCGCGGAUCGUGCUCGCCGGCCCGUUCAUGCUCGCCGCCAGCGUGGCGGUGCGGACGCCCUUCGACAUUGCGGAGCAGCGGCUGCAGCUGGAGCCACCGGCGACGGGCGCCGACGCCGCGCGCCGCCCGAGCGCCUUUCGUCGCGCGCUGAGCGUCCGCAUGCAGACCAAGAUCUACGCGACGGCGGCCGACCCCCACCCGUCGAUGCCGGCAGCGGGCUGGCGCGUCCUCUUCCGAGGCAACCGCCCGCCCCCGCGCACUGGGCCUGGCACUUUCAAUGCCGCUAAGGUCUUCGGACGUACUCUCGCGCGGGUCGCGUCCAACGCGCCGUCGGGCGCCAUCAUGUUUACCGUGUACGAGGCGGGGCACAGGUGGAUCGAGGCGAGGCUGGGGUAG